CCUGCUGUUGGGUUUGGUGGCGUCCCUUUCGCACAGAUUCUGCCCAGGCCCCAGGCAGGAAAGCCCCGGGAGUGGGAUCCUAGCCGCACUGAAGCCCAGCAGCUCUCCCUUGGAUUUCAGUGGGGCAGGAGUUCCUCUCUAGUGCUUUCUCUCCCCAUGGUCCGCGGUUGGGUACCCUGGCUUUCUGAUAGACCUGAGCCAACUGCAGGGCAGGGCGUGUCGCUCAGCCUCGAGUCGCCCAGCGGCCCAUUAUGCACGGUUAGCGGGGGCUCCCCGCGGUGGCUAACACAGCGAGCGGGCUGGGCUGGCGGCGAGCUUGCCCACUAGCUGCAGACAGUGCGGCUUUAAAGGAGACUCCCUCCAGAUUUUUUUUUAGUCUAAUUAUAGCACAAGCCAAUGAGCAGAUCGGCUGCUCCCCUCCCAGACCCUGCCUAGCGAGCGGGGCUAGGCGGCAACAGUAAGAGCGCCCAGCGCCCUCCCUGAAGGCAGCCCGGCAGGAACGCGAGCUCAGCUGGCCGCGGGGAUCCGACCUGCGAGGCUGCUCAGCUGGUGCCGGCGUUCGGACGCGUCAGCGAGCUCAGCUGGUGCCGGCGUUCGGAGGCUGCAGCGCUCCGUGCCGAGCGGAUUAAGACCUCCCCGCACCCCUGUCUCCUGCAGCUCGCAACUUCGCCCAGGGGCCGGUCCCGCUCCUGGGCACUGAUUAGCGGGGGGCGUGCUGCGGUCCCUGGCUUGGCUCUGCCCCCGGGGGGAAUGUGGAAAUGGCCGGUGACAGGAGCCCUGGGGUCUUGAGCCGGCAGCGUUUCGGGUUCUUGCUGCUAGCUGCGGCGGCGGCUACUGGGCUGUGCGGCGGGGUCUCUGCAGUCAAGUCUCCCAGCUGCCACGAAGUGCGGACGGCGUUUCAGAUCCGGCAGAUCGGCCCCCUCAAGCUGGUUCCCGAUGUGCCCACUGCCGAAUCGGAUUUGCAGAUCUGCCAGCACAGAGCACCAACCUGUUGCACUAAGAAGAUGGAAGAAAGUUACCAGACAGCUGUUCGGAGAGAGAGGACUCACAACAUCCAGGCCUUGAACUUUGAACUGAAAUAUAUGAUAGUUGGUCAUAUCACAGCUUUUCAAGAGGCCUUUGAGUCAUUGCUUCGCUUUGCAGAGAAUCACACAACCUCCCUGUUUGAGUCAGCUUACAGAACCAUGGCAAAAGAAGCUACAGAGCCUGUCAAAGAACUUUUUACAGACCUCUCUCUGUAUAUUUUGGGUGCUGAGACUACAGUGGAAAAUGCAGUUUUACGGUUCUUCGACAGUCUCUUUCCUUUGGUUUACAGUCGGCUAAUAAAUCCUGGAAUUAUAGAUUUAUCAGAGGAAUAUACUGAGUGUCUACGACUAACAAGACAAGACAUAAAUCCCUUUGGACGUUAUUCUAAAGAAGUGGUUACAGAGCUGUCAAAAUCUCUUUGGGCAAGUAGGAUGCUAAAUCAGGCCCUCAAUAUGGGCAUUGAAGUGAUAAACACAACUGAACAUGCUGCUCUUACAAAGGAAUGUAGCAAAGCACUAGUGAAGAUGCAGUACUGUCCACAUUGCCAAGGACUGACACUAAUCAGACCUUGUGUGGGAUAUUGUCUAAAUGUAAUGCGAGGCUGUUUGGCCAGUGUGUCAGAGCUGGAUACUCAAUGGAGGGAGUAUAUCUCCACACUGGAAUAUCUGACUAAUGAAAUGGCUGGGUCACAUGAUCUGGAACUUGCACUUCUGGGAAUCAGGAAUUCAAUCAAUGAAGCCAUCCUGCAUGCACAAUUGAAUGGGCCACAACUCUCUGCCACAGUUGACAAAGUGUGUGGCCAGCCCCAAGAAAGAGAAGCAAAACCUUCACCAGAUAAUAUAGUGCAAGCAAAGGACGCGUCUGAAACGCAGGCUCUCACGAUGGCUCACUCUGCUAAUCUAAACAAUAAAAGGAGUUACACCAGCAGAGUUGUUUCCAAUGGACUGAAGGCACAAAUUAAUAACCCAGAAUUGAAAGUCAAAGGAUUAGACCCUCUCAUCAGUCAUUUAAUUGACAAACUUCAUCAUUUUAACCAGCUGGAUACAGAGAAGACAAAAUUGAAGUUGGAACGAUGGGCUUCAAGGGAAAGUGGCAGUGGGGGCGGGAAAAGUGAAGCAAUGGAAUCAAGCGGGGACUGUGACGAUGAGGAUGGAUGUCAAGGAUCUGGUGACAGAAUUUACACAACAGAUGUACUCAAAGAAAAGAAGGCCUAUUCGGAAGAUAGGAAUGAACCAAAACCAACUGUGAAAAAGAUUGACACCACGGCCACCACAACCACAAUCAAGUCAUCUUCUAAACAUGAUCUAGCCGGAAAUGUGGGCAAUCUAGCCUCUAGUUCCUCACUUUUCAUUGUAACAGCAUUAGCGAUUUUGUGGCACUGUCUGUCGUAGCUGCAUUGUAUUGCAACAACUGUCGAAGAAUUUCUGUCCGUUGUCAUUUAUACCUUCAGCCUUACCCAACGGAAAACAAAGUUAAAUGGCUCUCUAAUAUUAUAUGGUAUGUUAGAAUGAAUGCUUAAAAAAAAAGGCUGAGAUUGGCUGAUAGUGAUUGUCAGCACUUACACUGUGUCUGAAGAAGGUCCUUGAUAAUAUCUUAUCCACUCAAGAUAUAAAGGGAAUGAUGACAGGGGAUCUGAGUAGUUUAAGUUAUUGGGGUAGAAAUAAUUAACACUAAAAUUGUAAAUUACUGUAUUGGCAUUUUUCCCAUUUUACUCACUGGGUAAUCUCACUGGUUGUUUCUGUUUGUUAAAUUCUUGCGAUAAGUUCAAAUGAACGAUCAUUCUUCUGGUGCAAGUUAAUACAUAUGGUAUUUCUCUAGUGAACAGCUAAUAACCUAUGUCUACAGUGGUGAACCAUGUCAAGUGAAAUACUCUCUACUAGUUUCAUAAAGUUCCUAAGUGGCCAAGAAGAUAAGAGCAUGUUUGACCCUUUUAUUUUCGCUCUUACUGUUUAGAUUUUAGGACACAAUAUAAAAAAGCAUAUGGUAUGUUUGUAAUGUGUAAGUAUAGUUGCCUUUACCAUUUAAAAAUUUUUUUAGAAACACUUAACGUUUUACUGAGGCAUAUAGACAAUGAGUUUCCCUGCUGCACAAAACUUCAUUACCAUAUGCUCAAAGCUUACUCGAUGAAUGUCUGACAAAGGGAAACAUAAGUAAACAUAAUGUUUUAAUCAGCUGAAUGCAGUUAUAUAUGAAAAAAGCUAAUUUAGUUCAAACGUAUUUUACCUGUUUCCUAUUGGAAAGGACCUUGUUUCCAUCUAGGUGUCAGAGAUAUAAAGUGUUCGGAUUCCACUUACCCAAAAAGUGGUCUCCAUGAAUUGUAGACCUCUAUAGUACAAUAUGUUUCAUAAACCAUGUAUUAUUUAAUUAUUUUUACUAUUUUAAAUUGUGCUAUCACAAUAGAAGUAAAUGUAAAACAAUAUGAAAUCUAGAACAACAUUAUCAGUCAUUUAUCACUUUGAUUUUCUAUACCAGACAGUGUCAAAAUCUUCAUUUUAUUGUGAUGAGAAUUUUUGAUUUAAAUCAAGGAAACACUGAUGUGUUUUGAAACUAUGAUGGAAAGGUACUAUGAUGUAAUUAGAUGCGUUGAGAACUAAUAUGUGUAUUUUCUGACAACUGUAUUUAUAGUGCCAUUGAAAAUAUAUACAUACGAUACGGUAUGAGUACAGUGAUUAAUGAUAAACAUAUGAAGCAUUGGGAUUGUUAUCACAUUUACUUAAUUUCAUAACCAUUUCCACCAUUUAAUGGCCAUUUUCUUGCUGCAGGCUAUGAUGAUAAGAUUUAAUGUAAAGACAUUUGCCUUUAAUUUUUUUGGAGGGGGGAGAAGGGAGUAAAACAUCUCUUUCAGCACUUAGAUUUAUACAAGCACUGACAUUAAUUCAAGAGACAAACCGUAUAUCAUAUCAACCAAGUUCUGGGUGUGACAGUAUAGAAUAGGAGGGCAGGAUGUCAUUGUACUUGUGUGUUCAUGUGGUGUUAGCAAAAAUUACUGAUUAGCUCUAUAUUCGCAAAGGAGGGGAUUUGACAUUUUUGCAUUUGGUCUUUAAAAAUGUGUAAGUGCAUAACUGUACAAGCAAAAGCAUUCACAUGUAGAAACUGAAAGUGGUCACGUCAAGCAGAGUCGCAUUCCAAUUCUUUUAAUGCUGGAAAUACAAUCUGGCGCCACCAAGACAAAAAGGAAUAAGAUGCUUAGAGCAUUAUCAUGAAAUGUUCAGUGUUAGAAUUCUGACUUUUCAACACGUUAAUGAGUUAAUACCAUUAAGUAGUGAGUUCACAUUGUAUUAAUGAGAAUGAAUCUUGCAAACAUAGUAUGAAAGUUGCUGUCUACAAUUUUUCAGAGUUCACUGAUACAAUAAAUGAACAGCACCAGCCUAUGCAGGCAUACAGUCAAAUUGCCAUUUAUGCACAUUUUUACAGCCCUUGAGUCCUUUUAGAAAAGUGUACAUUCACAUGGCAGUUAUGCAAGUUGUUCCUUUUGUAGCUUGAAGUGAUUUCCUAAUUCUUUACAGUUUCACAGGACCAGAUGGGAUACCUGCCUUUAGACAGCUGUAUCCGUGAUUAGGCACCUAAAUAUGAGCAAUGGGUACCCAAAUGCUGAUUUAGACACCUAGGGCGAGAUCCUCAGCUGGCAUAAAUCAGCAAAGCUCCAUUGAAGUCAUUCACAGAUGUACACCAGAAGAAGAUCUGGCUGUUAAGUCAGUAUUUUCAUAGUUGGGAACCUAAAAAUCAAUAUUUAGGUGAGUAUAUCAGCACUUGAAUAUCUCAAAUGUGUAUUUAGGUGCCAAAAUAUGGAUCUGGGUCUCUGUGUUUUGAAAUUGGCUCUCCCAAAUUCCAGAUGUGCAACUUCUAGUUUGUGAAAGAGUUUGAACAUCCACCGCGUACCGGAGUCUGCUUUUUGAGAAUUGUGCUGUAAGAGUCAUUGUGCUACUGGAUCAGACUACAGCGAUCCAUCUAGCCUAGUAUCAUAUAACCAAGAGUGGCCAGUACCAGUACAUCAGAGGAAGGUGCAAGAAACCCUGCAGUAGGCAAUUAUGAAAUAACUUGCCCAAAGAGAAAUUUUCUUCCUAAUCCCCAUUAGCUAGAGUUUGGUGUAGACCCUGAAUCAUAGUCUUGCUAAACUGAAAGAUUAAAUAUUUUAAUCUUUAUUUUGGUUUAUAAAUUUCCACAUGUCUAUUGUAUUACACAAGACAAUAGUUAAUCCAGCCCCUUUCAAACUACCCAGACUAAAAUAACACUGCACAAACUGUAAGGAGAAAGAUUCAUCAACUCAUUUCAUUGGAUUCAACCCAUAUUUUAAUAAAUACAGAUGAGUACGGGGGAGGAAAG